AAGAGGGAGUGACGUCAGGUUAAAGCUACCGGGACGGGUCCCGGCAUCUCUAAAUCACCGCGCCCUGGCCUCUUCGGCCUCCGUCCGCCGCGGCCCAGGGGCCGGGCUUCUCAGCUGCUGACCCACUGCCACCGACUGCGCUCUCUCCCGUGGGUCGGCUUUUUGCUCGCCAUGCCUCCGCCGCAGGGUGAUGUGACCGCCUUGUUCCUGGGGCCUCCGGGCUUGGGGAAGUCCGCGCUGAUCGCAGCGCUGUGCGACAAGGAUGUGGAGACACUCGAGGCCCCCGAGGGACGGCCGGACUCCGGGGUCCCCAGCCUAAGAGCUGCGGGCCCAGGCCUUUUUCUGGGCGAGCUGAGCUGCCCACCCGCAGCACCGGGGCCCUGGGCGGCGGAAGCCAACGUGCUGGUACUGGUGCUGCCCGGACCCGAGGGGAACGGGGAACCGUUGGCUCCAGCCCUGGGAGAGGCAGCGCGGGCCGCCCUGGCCCGAGGGACCCCGCUACUGGCUGUGCGGAACCUGCGUCCUGGGGAUUCACAGACUGCCGCCCAGGCCCGUGAUCAGACAGCAGCUCUGCUGAACAGCGCGGGGUUAGGAGCCGCGGAUCUGUUUGUGCUACCGGCAAACUGCGGCAGCAGCGACGGCUGCGAGGAGCUAGAGCGCCUCCGGGCGGCGCUGCAGAGCCAGGCAGAAGCGCUGCGGCGGCUCCUGCCACCGGCCCAGGAUGGCUUCGAGGUGCUGGGUGCAGCAGAGCUGGAGGCUGUGCGUGAGGCCUUUGAGACCGGCGGCCUGGAGGCUGCGCUGUCGUGGGUGCGCUCAGGCCUGGAGCGCCUGGGCAGCGCACGGCUAGACCUGGCCGUGGCCGGCAAGGCUGAUGUGGGCCUUGUGGUGGACAUGCUGCUUGGAUUGGAUCCUGGCGACCCAGGUGCUGCGCCUGCUUCGGUCCCCACGGGACCCACUCCCUUCCCAGCCCCAGAGCGCCCGAAUGUGGUGCUCUGGACCGUGCCUCUGGGCCCCACGGGCACUGCCACCACCGCGGCCGCCGCCUCUCACCCAACGCACUACGACGCCCUCAUCCUCGUCACCCCUGGGGCCCCCACUGAGAAGGACUGGGCCCAGGUCCAGGCCAUGGUGCUACCAGAUGCGCCUCUUGUCUGCGUGCGCACUGACGGCGAGGGCGAGGAUCCGGAGUGUCUGGGAGAUGGCAAGAUGGAGAAACCCAACGGCGAGAGCUUAAAGAACGCAGGCGGAGGGGGAUUGGAGAAUGCACUCAGUAAGGGAAGGGGGAAAUGUAGCCCUGGAUCGCAGAAAGCAGGCAGCGGGGAAGGUCCUGGGAAAGCUGGCAGCGAGGGUUUGCAGCAGGUUGUCGGCAUGAAGAAAUCAGGUGGUGGCGACUCAGAGCAGGCAGCCGUGUUAAGCCUGGAGGACGAGACGUGGGAGGUGCUGGAGGAGGCGCCGCCGCCAGUGUUCCCCCUACGGCCUGGCGGACUCCCAGGGCUGUGCGAAUGGCUGCGGCGAGCGCUCCCCCCAGCCCAGGCAGGGGCGCUGCUGCUGGCGUUGCCACCAGCAUCUCCCAGCGCUGCCCGAACCAAGGCUGCGGCGUUGCGGGCCGGGGCGUGGAGGCCAGCUCUGCUGGCUAGUCUGGCGGCGGCGGCGGCACCACUCCCAGGGCUGGGCUGGGCAUGCGACGUGGCACUUCUGCGGGGUCAGCUGGCGGAGUGGCGACGGGGCCUGGGGCUGGAACCCGCGGCACUGGCUCGACGUGAGCGCGCCCUGGGCCUGGCUUCUGGAGAGCUGGCAGCGCGCGCUCAUUUCCCAGGCCCGGUGACGCGCGCCGAGGUGGAAGCAAGGCUGGGCGCCUGGGCGGGCGAGGGCACUGCUGGGGGCGCAGCACUGGGCGCUCUCUCCUUCCUCUGGCCUGCGGGUGGUGCAGCGGCGACAGGUGGCCUGGGCUACCGAGCGGCUCACGGCGUCCUGCUGCAGGCUCUCGAUGAGAUGCGGGCUGAUGCUGAGGCUGUGCUGGCACCCUCUGAGCCUGCCCAGUGAGGAGUGGGAGGGGGCUUGGGAGUCCAGACUCUGACAGGGGAUGCCUGGGCUUAAUCCUGGGUGCUUAAGGGGAUGUGGGCUCUUGACUUCUAGCUGGGAUGUGUGACUUCUCAUCACCUGGAUUCAGAGAGUCUGGGGGACAGGAAUCCUGAUUUCUUUUUUUUCUUUUUUUUUUUUUUUUUUGAGAUGAAGUCUCUUGUUGCCCAGGCUGGAGUGCAAUGGCGGGACCUCGGCUCACUGCAACCUCCGCCUCCCGGGUUCAAGCUAUUCUCCUGCCUCAGCGUCCGGAGUAGCUGGGAUUACAGGUGCCUGCCACCAUGCCUGGCUAAUUUUUUUUUUUUUUGAGACGGAGUCUCGCUCUCUCACCCAGGCUGGAGUGCAGUGGCGGGAUCUCGGCUCACUGCAGGCUCCGCCCCCCGGGGUUCAUGCCAUUCUCCUGCCUCAGCCUCCUGCGUAGCUGGGACUACAGGCGCCCGUCACCUCGCCCGGCUAAUUUUUUGUAUUUUUAGUAGAGACGGGGUUUCACCGUGUUAGCCAGGAUGGUCUCGAUCUCCUGACCUCGUGAUCCGCCCGCCUCGGCCUCCCAAAGUGCUGGGAUUACAGGCGUGAGCCACCGCGCCCGGCCACCUGGCUAAUUUUUGUAUUUUUAGUAGAGACGGGGUUUCACCAUGUUGGCCAGGCUGGCCUCGAACUCCUGACCUCAGGCGAUCCACCCGCUCCGGCCUCCCAAAGUGCUAGGAUUACAGGCGUGAGCCACCGCGCCCGGCCUGGCCAGGAAUCCUGAUUUCUUUGGGAACCAUGGUGCGUGACAUCCAGACCCGUCUGUCCUGAAGGGAGUUGGUUGCCCAGACUCUAGCAGGGACUAUGUCUUUGUCUCCUAGGGAGUAGAAACGAGUUGCUGGAUGUUUCGUCCUCCAGGGGAGGGGGGUAGAAGUCCUGUUUCCUAAUUGGUGGGGAGGUGUCCAUGACUGGGACCUGAACUCUAUCUAGUAUAGGGGAGGGAGACCUGAUUGCCCCAGGGAGCUGGAACUCUUGGGCUUCAGAGCCUCAGAGGGAAACAGGGUCUACAUUUCUCUGGGAGAAGAAGCCUGCGCACAGGUCCCCAAGGAGCAGUGGGCUUUGAAUCUUGAUGGGGUGGCGGAGGCCCCUGGGGUCUCAGACCCCGGGGUUCUAAGAUGGCUGUGGACCUUGGUUCCUAAAUCUUGGGUAAGAGGAGGUCUGCAUCUGGAGGAGGGAUCGGGGGCUUGUGGGAGAAAGCUGGAGACUUCUUGAUCUCUCCUGGGGAGUGGAUGGGUUUUUAUAAUUGCCCUCCAAAAGUAUGUAGGGAGGGUGGUCCCACAAAAAUGAGGUGAGGUGGGUAAGAGGUCUGGGCAUGGUGGGCUCUGGGAGUAGCCAGGGACCAGGAAUGAGGCCUUCUGGGUGUGGAAGGGCAGGAAAGCAUACCUCAGAGACAGCUCCUCCAAACCUUGUAUUGGGAUCCCGGCAACUGCCUCUCUGAGUGUGACUGGGAAGGGAUAUGACUGCCUUCAUCCUCUAGGUGCUGAGCAAUUCAGGUGAUCUCUGGGGAGUCUGUUUCUCUGUCUCUUUUCUUUAGGAGUUUCUAUCUUUUUUUUGGCCUUGGUUUCUCCUGUUAUUUAACCAUAACCCUUUCUGGCCUUGGUGUUUUGUGCACCUUCCUUUUUGGAAGAGCAGCUGUACUGCUGCACUGGUCCAAACACUUCUGUAUAGACACCUCAGGUAUCCCCAAGAGGCUCUGCUUUCUGGUGUACGUAGAGGGUGCUGCAUUGAGCCAGGGGCCCACCAAAUGGGUGGUCAGGCAUUCGAGACCAUGGGAAUAUGCCAGGAGUGAAUGAAACAAAGGCAGAAACCACAGUGCCUGGAAUGUUCUAGGCUGCUAGCCACAUGUGGGGGAAAAGUUGCAGGUUACAGAAUUCUUCAGUGUCAAAAACAGAAAAGGAGGAUCUGAGAAUCCAAGAGAUAGAAUCCCUUUUGUUGUAGACAGAAAGAGCAAAAUCCAGAGAGGGCAGGCUUGAGGCCCAACAGCACACAGUAAGGCCCUGUGGGUCUGGCCCUUGCCUGUUCUCAUUCCCUGCCCCUUCCCACUCCUGUCCAGCCUGAUAGACUUUCCUUCUUUUUUUUUUUUUUUUUUUUGAGAUGGAGUCUCACCUUGUCACCCAGUCUGGAGUACAGGGAUGUGUGAUCACUGCUCACUUCAACCUCCCGCUCCCAGCUUCAAGCGAUUCUCCUGCCUCAGCCUCCCGAGUAGCUGAGAUGACAGGCAUGUGCCACCACACCUGGCUAAUUUUUGUAGUUUAGUAGAGAAGGGAUUUCACCCUGUUGGUCAGGCUGAUCUCGAACUCCUGACUUCAGGUGAUCUACCCGACUCAGACUCCCAAAGUGCUGGGAUUACAGGUGUGAGCCAUCAUGCCCGCCUGACUUUCCCCUAUCUGAAGUAGCUCACAUCCCCCCAUUAUUCAUUUCGGCCAGUUGAGUUUCCUUGUAGCAAUUAUUACUGUCAAAAAUGAUCUUAUUUAUUUACCUGUUUAUUGGCUUUUGACCUGUUGCCUGUCCUGUUCUCUAUUGUUCCCCCAGCAUCUAAAACAAUAGGUGCCUGACACAAUAGGUGCUUCGUAAAUAUUUAUUAUUAUUAUUAUUAUUAUUAUUAUUAUUAUUAUUAUUAUUAUUUUAGAGACAGGGUCUUGCUCUGUUGCCCAGGCUGGAAUACAGUGGGAUGAUCGUGGCUCACUGCCAUCUCCAACUCCUGGGUUCAAACGAUCCUCCCACCUCUGCCUACAGAGUAGCUGGGUCUAUAGGUACAUAGCACCAAAUUUUCUGUAGAGACGGGGGUCUUGCUUUGUAGCCCACACGAGUGUUGAACUCCUGGCCUCAAGUGAUCCUCCUGCCUUGAUGGGAUUACAAGUGUGAGCCACCACACCCAGCCUAAAUGUUUAUUUCAUUGAUCAGUGUCACAACUAGGGUUGGAAGUUAGAUUGUUCAUCUCUUGCCACAAGAUAGGAAAAUGGAGCAAGAUGAAGAGAAACGAGCAUUUAAUGGGAGAGAACACCCUUGUCUGAGGUCAGGGACCUGGGAAGCAAGCACGACUUUGCCACUGUCACUGUGUUACUUGGACAGUGCCUUAUUUUCCCAUCUGUGAAAUGAAAGAGCUGGAUAAGAAUCUUAAAUAGUUUUGAGAUCCUGGCUCCCUUAAAAGCUGAAGACAAGGGUAACUGAUCCAAGGGCAGGUACUCGAGGGAUGGUACCAUCAUCUCCAGCUUGGACUCCCACUGCUGACACAAUUUGUCCCAUCAAAGCUGAGAUAUCUACCAUGGGGAAGAGCACUUGGUUCUUUUUUUUUUUUUUUUUUUUUUGAGACGGAGUCUCGCUCUGUCACCCAGGCUGGAGUGCAGUGGCGCAAUCUCGGCUCACUGCAAACUCCGCCUCCCGGGUUCACGCCAUUCUCCUGCCUCAGCCUCUCCAAGUAGCUGGGACUACAGGCGCCCGCCACCACGCCCGGCUAAUUUUUUGUAUUUUUUAGUAGAGACGGGGUUUCACUGUGUUAACCAGGAUGGCCUCGAUCUCCUGACCUUGUGAUCCGCCCGCCUCGGCCUCCCAAAGUGCUGGGAUUACAAGCGUGAGCCACCGCGCCCGGCCUAGAGCACUUGGUUCUAUACAGAAUGGCUCCAGGCAUUUUCAUGAAAGCUCUUUCAGCUUUAGGGGAAGAAUAUUCAUCCAUAUCUGUAAUAUCUACACCUCUUAACCCCAUCAUAUUAGUGUCUAAGCCCUGCAAUCAGGCAUGUCAGCCACGUGAUGGAAUGGGAGGGCUGCAGGGCAGCACUGUCCAGUAGAAACAAAAUGCAAGCCACAUAUGUCAUUUUAAGUUUUCUUUUUUUGAGAUGGAGUUUCACUCUGUCACCCAGGCUGGAGUGUAGUGGCACGAUCUCAGCUCACUGCAACCUCUGCCUCCGGGGUUCAUGUGAUUCUCCUGCCUCAGCCUCCUGAGUAGCUGGGAUUACAGGCGUAUGCCACCAUGCCUGGCUAAUUUUUGUAUUUUUAGUAGAGAUGGGGUUUCACCAUGUUGGUCAGGCUGGUCUUGAACUACUGACCUCAGGCCACCCGCCUUGGCCUCCCAAAGUGCUGGGAUUACAGGCAUGAGCCACCGCGCCCAGCUAAUUUUUGUAUUUUUACUUUAUUUAUUUUUUUGGAGACGGAGUCUCGCUCUGUCACCCAGGCUGGAGUGCAGUUGUGCGAUCUUGGCUCACUGCAACCUCAGCCUCCUGAGUAGCUGGGAUUACAGGCACGCACCAUCAUGCCCAGCUAAUUUUUGUAUUUUUAGUAGAAAUGGGGUUUCACUGUGUUGGCCAGGCUGGUCUUGAACUCCUGACCUCAGGUGAUCCACCGGCCUCAGCCUCCCAAAGUGCUGGGAUUAUAGGCGUUAGCCACUGCACCCGUCCUAAUUUUUGUAUUUUUAGUAGAGAUGGGGUUUCAGCAUGUUGGCUAAGCUGGUCUGGAAGUCAUGGCCUCAAGUUAUCUGCCCACCUCAGCCUCCCAAAGUGCUGAGAUUACAGCCAAGUUUUCCAAUAGCCACAUUAGAGAAGUAAAAGGAAACAGGUUAAAUUCAUUUUAACAUGUUUUAUUUAACCCAAUGUAUCCAAAAUAGCAUUUCAACAUGUCAUCGGUUUUUUAGUUUUUUUUUUUUUUUUGAGAUAGUGCUUUGCUUUGUUGCCCAGGCUGGAGUGCAGUGGCACAAUCUCAGCUCACUGCAACCUCCACCUUCCAGGUUCAAGUGAUUCUCCUGCCUCAGCCUCCUGAGUAGCUGGGAUUACAGGCAUCCACCACCAUGCCCACUAAUUUUUAGAGGUGGGGUUUUGCCAUGUUGGCCAGGCUAGUCUCAAACUCCUGACCUCAGGUGAUCCGCCCACCUUGGCCUCCCAAAGUGCUAGGAUUACAGGCAUGAGCCACCGUGCCUGGCGUCAUCGGUAUUAUUUAAAUAAAUUAUGUUACAUUCUUUUAUGCUGUCUUCAAAAUCUGUUGUAUAUUUUACACUUACACCAAAUCUCAAUUACCAUGAUACAUUUUUAUCUGAAAUGCUUGAUCUGUAUUUUGAUUUCAUAAAAUUCAUUGUUGGAGAAGUAGAUUCACAUAUCCAAGUUGUUCCAAUUAUAUAGUAGUUUUCCAAAAACUGAGAUGGGUGUCCAUUUUUUUUAAGUAGAGAUGCAGGUCUGGUUAUGUUGACCAAGUUGGUGGGUUGUUUUGUUUUGUUUUGAGACAGAGUCUCACUUUGUCACCCAGGCUGGAGGGCAGUGGCAUGACCUCAGCUCACUGCAACCUCUGCCUCCCAGGUUCAACUGAUUCUCUUGCAUCAGCCUGCUGAGUAGCUGGGACUACAGGUGUGUGCCACCAUGCCCGGCUAAUUUUGGUAUUUUUCUCAGAGAUGGGGUUUCACCAUGUUGGGCAUGCUGGUCUUAAACUGCUGACCUCAGGUGAUCUGCCCACCUCAGCCUCCCAAAGUGCUAGGAUUACAUAGUGAGCCACCAAGCUGGUUUUGAACCCCUGGCCCAAAGUGAUCUUUCCACCUCAGCCUUCCAAAGUGCUGGUAUUACAGGCAUGGGCUACCACACCUGGCCUCAGCUAUUCAAUUAAAAGUAAAUAAAACUUAAAAUUCUAUGUUUCAUUGGCAGUAGUGCAACAUUAAUACUGAGUAGCCACAUGUGAUUAGUGGCUACGUAUUGGACAGGGCAGGUACAGAAUACUUCCAUCAACAUAGAAAAUUCUAUCAGUCUAGUUCUAGGGGCAGAUUGUCCUUCAACUGACUUGGGCAAGUCACUCUACAAAUGGCAUCUACCUCACAUGGUUAUGGUGAGAAUUCAGCGUAUAUAUGUACAUGCACGCACACAACAUGCACACACACAUAACAUAGUGCACCCUUUCCUGAAAAGCCUGACACAGAGCUCAAACGUGAGCGCCACCCACCCCUGGGCAGCACCAAGAUGGCUGUAGUCUGAGCGCCUUUGUCUCACCCCCAUGCCUUUGCUCGGAGUGUGCUCCUCAUUUUUCUGCCACUUUGACCCUGUCUCUGAUUUGGUCCUGUCUGACAUCACUGCCAUAUGCUUCGCUGCUCUCAAUUUCCUCUGCCCUCAUGCCAGCAGGAGUCAUGCCAGAGAUCAUAUCUGAGAAAGCAAGACAAUUUUGUGUGUGUGUCUGUGCCCAUAGAGGAGUGCUGGUUGUGUUGAUAUAGUUGUAGAUUGGUUGUGUUUACACAGUUGUAUAUAUUGACGCCCUUGAGUGUUAUGACUUCUUUUGGGGGUGGUCGCCUUUUAAAUGAUGACUUUUGAUGGGAUUCAAUUUUAGUCUUUGUGAAGACGUAAGGUUGUUGGUAGGCAUCUGUCCCUGGGAGCAUCCAAGCAGAAAAGACUAAGACUCCCUUGUAGACAGAUCACUGGCCACCACUGAAGUGUGUCUGCAUGGCACCACAGGGCUGGAAGACCCUUGAAGGCAGGAAUUCAAGGAAAUGUGUGAUGAAUUUUGGCAUUGCCAUCAGAAGCAGAACAGGCAUGGAAAACUGGGGUGAGUGGGCGAGACAACCUCAUCACCACAGCAGAGUUCCAUACAUGCCUGGAUAAUGAUGGAGGGAUUUGUGUCCACUGCAGUGGGGAACCAUGAAGGACAUAUCAAGGGUGUGGUUGGCCUGUGGUGCUCUUUGGAGGAAUGAAUAAAAAUGAAUAGAAAUCCUA